AUGCUCCGUCAGAGCAUAGUGGGAUUGUGUCGGCGGACCGGGGCCACUACACAAGGCCUACCGACACCAGUCCUCCUCCGAAGAACCUCGACGCCGCUCUGGCAAUUCCCGACCUUCUCACCACGCACACGACCUCCCUCCUCCCUCCGCCUCUACCAGUCCCAAGCGCCCUUCCAGCCCCUCCGUCCACCGACACCCUCCUCGCUCGGCGCCCCCCGCGCCGCCCGCGACUUCCGCCGCACGCGCAAAUGGCUGCGGCGGCUGGCGAUCCUGUCGGCGGUGCUGGGCACCGUGUACGUGGCGGACCGGCAGGUGUACGCGAGCGGCAUCGCGCGGUCGGUCAACACGUUCGCGCUGGGGCUGUUCGUCGCGCUCGACUACAAGAUCAACUUCCGCCCGGCGCCGCUGCCGCUGAUCGGGGCCGCCGGCGGCAUCGAGGACCUGCACCGCCGCAACGCCGAGCGCCUGUUCGACCUGCUGCGGCACAACGGCGGGCUGUACCUCAAGAUCGGCCAGGCGAUCGCGAUGCAGAGUGCCGUGCUCCCGCCCGAGUUCCAGAAGAUGUUUGCGCGCAUGUUCGACGAUGCGCCGCAGGACACGUGGGAGGCCGUCGAGGCGGUGGUCAAGGCGGACUUUGGCGGGCGGAGCGUCCAGGAGGUGUUUGGAGUGAGCUUCACUGGGGAGGAGGGCAAGGGCGUUAUGGAGAGGACGGCGAGGGCGAGUGCCAGCGUGGCGCAGGUGCAUUGGGCGAGACUGCCAGAUGGGAGGGAGGUGGCAGUCAAGAUCCAGAAGCCUGAGAUAGCGAAACAGAUCGGGUGGGAUCUGUGGGCUUUCAAAGUGGUGAUGAAGAUCUAUACAGAGUGGUUCGAUCUCCCGUUAUACAGUCUUGUCCCCUUCAUCACUGAGCGGCUAUUUUUGGAGACGGACUUUAUCAAUGAGGCAAAGAACUCGGAGACAAUGCGCCAGCUUAUCAACGAGGAGCCUUCCCUCCGUGGACGAGUCUAUGUUCCCACGGUGUACCCCGAGCUCAGCUCGAAGCGCGUGCUUACAACAGAAUGGAUCGAGGGCAUUAGGUUAUGGGACAAGGAAUCCAUGACUGGGCCGUGGCUAGGUGGCAGAGGCAAAGGCUCGCCCGGUGUACACGGUGCCCCUCUGGAACCGCCUAACAUGGAUGAGGUCCGACGGGAGUUGCGGGAGAAUCCGCAGAGCCAGCAGCUCAAGCCUGACAGGACAGGCUGGAAGGGUCCGCGCGGAAAGGGUGGACUGGGACUGUCUCCCAAGGAAGUGAUGACCACCAUGAUCGACCUCUUCUCGGCACAGAUAUUCAAGUUCGGAGUCGUUCACUGCGAUCCUCACCCAGGAAACAUCUUCAUCCGGAGGUUGCCAUCCGGUAGAUCGGAGCUGGUCCUCAUCGACCACGGCUUGUACGUCUACAUGUCACAAAAAUUCCGCCGUGAGUACGGCGUCUUCUGGAAGUCCCUCAUGACGUUCGACAACAAGACCAUUACGGCCAUCACAGAGGAGUGGGGCAUCAAAGCGGCAGACUUGUUCGCGAGCGCGACGCUGAUGCGGCCGUACGAGGGCGGCGACGAGUCGUUCAAGAACCGCAUGCUGGGCGAGUUCGAAGGCAAGACGCCGGCGGAGCGGCACUACGAGAUGCAGCAGCGGAUGAAGCAGGGCAUCCGGGAGAUGCUGCACGACGAGGAGAAGUGGCCCAAGGAGCUCAUCUUCAUCGGGCGCAACAUGCGCAUCGUCCAGGGGAACAACCAGUUCCUCGGCUCGCCCGUCAACCGCGUCAAGAUGAUGGGUGAGUGGGCCAGCCGCAGCCUGUUCGAGGACCGCAGCCUUCCCUGGCACCAGCGGCUCGAGAACAUGUGGCGCCAUGUGCUGUUCAAGACGGUUAUGUUUGGCACGGACGUGGUCUUCUACUUCUUCCGCAUCCGCCAGAUCCUCGGCAUUGGUGGCGGCAUGGAAGAUGAGGUCGAGGCGAGGAUGAAGGGGAUGGCCAAGGACUUUGGAGUUGAACUGCAGCACGAUGUCUUUGAAGGCUAA